AAUAUUAUCAUGUGUUUAAUAAUGUCAAACUUUCUCAAUGUUCAGAUGCCGCCCCGUAGGGAACCCGAUUAUCCGGCUCCUACUCAGGCUACGGUAGUCGUACAGUUUCGCGACUAUCACGCUGAAAAGUUCUCAGGGCAGGGAGAUCCUCGCAUCGUAGAUGAAUGGAUUGAGGGCCUGGAGUUUAUUUUCGAGCUAGUCCGCGAGAAGUACUACCCCUCUUAUUAUCGGGCAGAGAUGGAGCGUCAGUUCUUAUCGCUCCAGCAGGGCACUCGUACUGUUGAUGAGUACGAGAGAGAGUUCACUAGACUUGCAGCUUUCGUUCUGGACCUGGUUCGCACGGAGGCACAGCGAGCACAGCGGUUCAUCGACGGGCUUUACCCAGCAGUCCGUCACAAUAUCGUAGGCCAUGGAACACAGACAUACGCUCGUGCAGUUUCUAUUGCCCAGGAGGUGGACGCCAGCAUUAGGAGGGAGGCUGUCCGUGAUCGUGCCCAGCCAUCUGCCCCAGUUCAGCCAUUCCCAGCUCCACCAGCCCUACCAGCUGCCCAGCCGGCAAAGGAGAAGAAGAGGAAGGGGAAGGGCGCACAGACUGACCGGAGGACCCGACAGAGACAGCAGCAUGUUCCACCGUGCCCGACUUGCGGACGACUUCAUCGGGGAGAGUGCCACAUGGGUCAAGACAUUUGCUAUUACUGCGACGAGCCUGGACAUUUUGCGAGUCACUGUCCGAAGAGACUUCAACAGCAGCCCCA